GGCGAUUCAAUUUGGUUUUUCACUCUAUUCGAUUUGGUAUGAAAAAGUGAAUCUGUAUCGAAUUUCUAUAUGUAAUGUCUGUCUGUCUCUCCCGGUGAAAGUUGUCGUUUUUGAAGUAUUAGUCCAGAGUUUAGUAAAGUUCAAGUUUUUGCUCGCCUUAGUUCGACGCGCUCCUUCUCUAGUUGAUGAACCAGCAGCAUUUUUCGUUGAGUUUGCAGUUUCUAUAAAAGCUGCAUAAUUUCGUAUUUUCGAUAGUCGUAGGGAUCAAGCUUAUAUAUUCCUGAUCAGGUCACCAGUAGAAAACAGUCUAGCACGACAACAAUCCAAAAAUAACAGUUGAUCCUCACCUGAUCGAGCGACGCAGUUCGUGAUCUUCACGUAAUUAUUCUCGACGAGAACAUUUUUCUCGACUUCGGCCCCAAGGAGUAGAACCUCUUCAAUUACUUAUACCCUGCAAUAGAACAUUAUCGUAAGUAGGCACGCAAGAACGGAAAGAUCGGCAAAAAGUUGUUGGCUCCUGUGUCAGCUUUGUUGUUAGAAGAGCUUCAGAAGGAAAGUUCCGUCUCUGGUGCCUACACAUUCUGCUGCCGCGUCGAGGACUCGAUGCUCUCCUCUCGUAUGAUCUCCACGACGAUCCUUCGGCCCGCGUUUGCAUUGCCAUACCCAGCUCUGAUUUGUGUUGGGUUUAUUUCCAAGCUGUAAUAACUGAGUACAACUACAAUGAAUGUAGUGAUGUAUGCCUAAUAUAUGGAGGAAUUUCGAAGCUGAGGACACUCAUUCACGACUUGUUAUAGAAAAGUAAAUAAGUAAAAUAAAGUAUCAAAGUAGUUGUACUUGAAUAAAACCAAAGCAAGUUGUAUUUAGAGAGCCAACCAAGCGUCAUCUUCCGAGGACCACGUCGUGAAUAUUGAGAAAGAUGAGUGCUGCAUCAGACAGGAACUACGGAAGAAUGAUCCAAGGUGCAGGUAGCAGCACCGUGGAAAAAAUAAGCAAAAUCGACGACAUCAAAAUCUCGUCCCCGGCGCCGCAGUCCACCUCUCUGAAGACGGCUGUCAAAGGUCGACCCCCGGGCGACGACGUGGUCCUGGUCGACCCCCGGGCGGCGAUCCUGGAAGGAGCUCCACGACCUACAGGUAGUUCCUUCACGACGACACCUGGUGCUGCUUGUUCACCAGCAGACCACGAUUUUCAGAUGGAAAAUAAACUACAACAGGAUAAAGAUUGGUACUUACACAACAAGCUGGAGAAUUGGCUGAACAUCAGCACCACUACGACCUCUGCAACGCCGACCGCCUCGACCUGCUCCGGGAGCGGUUCUUGCGCGCUUAGCGGGAAUUUCCUCUCCGAGGAGGGUACUGGAACUACAACCACGAUCUCAUCUGCUGCUGGACCGCCAGGGGGUAAUCCACCUCCGGAUGUUGAUCUGUUGCAGUGCUUUUUAUCCUCCGCGACCCCGUAUGAUAAUCAGCACAACUACUGCUCCGCGACCCCGGUGGGAGGUUCUUGUUCGGGAGAAGAAGUUAUUGAGGGUACUAGUUGUAAAAGUUCGUGCACCAGCGGCGACAAGGGAAAGGAAAGUGACGAUCUUCCGACUUGUAGUACAAAAACAUCUCGGGCAGCGGGGGUGGAACAGGAACUGCAGGAACGAGGCCACGCGCGGCCGACUACGACCUUGACUUACAACUCGUCCGGCGUUUAUAACAGUGCGCCUUCUACACUGAUAAAUAAGCCACCGAAGCUCCCAAUCCUUCCGACCACGGGCGCUGCUCUGCUUUCUCCGGAGGAGCUCUUUGCGCAGCAGAUUGCGCCGCGAGGAGAAUGGUCGCGGGACGAGCACCAGGAAACGAAUAAUAUUAAACCUGGUUCUUUCUUCGCUGCACCAGAGCAUGAUCCGCUGGGGAGUCAAAGAAAAAUCGAUGGCACGAAGGACGUCGCGAUCACGACCCAGAGCUCCAACACGUCGUCGACCCCGCAUGUAGUUGACACACCACGAGGACCUCCUGUGGAGGACCACGCCGAGUUACUCUCGCAGCCGAGCGCGUUGGCACUGAAUUUGGACCACGACACGACUUUGUUGAGCAGCCCCAGAAGUGCUGGUCCCUGCUCGUCUUUUGAUUUCGAGUCCUCCUCUGGUGGAGCGGAAGACAACUGGGUACUAAAGGGGGGCAACAACAUAGGAAGAAGUAGUGAAUGUAGUUCCUCAGAGCUGCAGUCGGAGCUUGACGCAACCAUUCAAAUCGACCAGGAUGACCCGCACUGGGCGCACUUGCUAGGGACGACGACAAAAUCACCGCCUGUUUAUACUUCCUGCUCCUCGAUGUCCUCUACGAAUCCACAGCAAUUGUCGUCCCAGGAGAUUCUUACUACCCGAAGUUCAACAUCUGAGGUGACGAUGGCAGGUGGGACACGACGUGGUGUGCCGUCGACUAAAGAAGAAGCCGGUACUUCUUGUACUGCUACUUUCGGAUCAUCGACUACAGCAGGGAUAGGGAACAACUACAUGGCGUCAGUGAUCCACCUCGCGGAUCAAAACAACUCAAACACGGUCGAUUUUUCAGAAAUGAUGGAUGCAGAUGCUGUCAAGCACGAGCAUUGUCCUAUUGCGCAUGAUUUGCUUUCCUACGCACCGUCGCCCAUCGGGUUUGGCAAGGAAAAAGCGGGGCUCUACAAAUCUCCCGACGGCAUGGAGUUAGGUAUUUUGGACGACGACGGAGGGCAUUGGUUUUACGACCAGGAUCAAGUACUGCAUGGGGACAACGGCUGCAACCUAGAUGGGGAGGAUGAAGUUGCGGACAAGGGCAAGAACAUCAGCAUGCAGAAGACUACUACUGUAUCAGGGGCGGGAAAAAGUCAAAACUUUCACAAUCCCAAAGGACCACAUCAGAAAGGUGGGCAGCACGAAGUAGAUGUUGACCUGUAUAAAACCGACCAGUACUACAAGAACUAUGGUAAAAACAAAAAGGGGCAGCAGCACCAGGACCAGCACAUCAUCGUUAACACUGGGGGGAAGAACAAAAGGUCGAAAAAUCUUCCCGUAGUAAGCAAGUUCGUGUUGCCGCCGGAGGAGAAAGAGAAUGAUGACGCUGAAGCCGCUCCUGCGAUGAAAACGGUAGGAAAUAACUGUAGCAACAAGCGGCAGAAAACGGCGUCCUCUGCGAAGAAGAAAAAAGGGGCUGUCAGUGGGUCGAAGAUUGCAUCGGAAGUUGAUGUGGACAAGUUCAAUUUUCCCAUGGACUUCGACGAAGAUACAAGGGGUCCGGUGGUGUUCAACGAGGACAAGCGGUUUGAUAGGGAUCGCGGUGAUGAAAACGUCGGCAGCGGCCAAUUUAUGAAGGAGGAUGGGCAACAAGAACUCCAGGAUAAAAUCCAAAUCGUGCAAGAUACAGCUGCUACAACGAAACAAGGAAAAGCGGGCGAGAUCGACGUGAUGAAAGAAACAGGGCCGCCGCAGCUGGGAAGCGAAAACAAUGAAAAUUGUAGUAAAAAGACAGCGAGGACCUCUUGUGAAGAUAUGAACAAGUCGGUCCCUGAUAUUUUUGAUCAUGCGAGCAGCGGUGGGAGAAAACAACAACAAGCAGGAAACAACGUAAACAAGCCCCGACUGGACAACACAAAUAUGUACGGCGAGAUUGAUUACAGCCGGUUUCGCUCCAGUGCGAUUCCCUUCAUGCCCAGCUUCGGGUUCACUGCGCGGGGGCGGAUGCCGCUUUCCGCCAUGAACGCGCUAGUAAAUAACAAGCACAUAAUUCGUGGCGGCCAACCGACUACUUUCGCUGAUCUGCAGCGGUUGGAGUUGCUGGAAGGAGGGGCUGCCGGCUGUACUAGUACCGCGGGCGGCUUUGUUCCGCACCAGGCUGGCGUCCUCGGGGAGCGUGGUCACAGCAAUUGUUCCACUCGGAUGUCGUCUCGCGGAGGUGGACCCUAUGGAGGGGCACCAGCAGGUUCUUGCUCCCGGGUGGGCGGCAUGGGGAGCAUGAUCAGUAGCCACCACCGUGGCAGCGGCAUGAUGUUUGUUCCCUCCGCCGCCACACGGGGAGGUGGACACAACGCCAGCAGUCGGGCUGGGGGCUUUCUUGGCGGCGGAAAUAUGAAAGGUUCAGGCUCUGCCUCCACUGGUUUCGGCGACCGCGGGCCGAUCAGCACGGCCAUGAGUUUUGGCAACAAUCACGGCCACCGGGGCUUUAACCCGAUCGUGUCCGCGGGGGGGAGUCCGCACCAGUACCUCAUCCCGCCUACCCCGCACUUUUUGCAGCACAAGUGCUCCCACUACGAUGUGCUGUUCAUUCCCCGAGAGGCGUUGCCGUUCUUCAUGGACCAGAAGGCUGUGCAGAUCCAUACGCAUUGCAAAAGUAUGAUCGCCCUAGUAUAAAUCGCAUGACAGACACAGAUUACCGCAGCGUGAAAAAUACAACUUGCAAUGCGGAUUUGCGACCUCAAGAAUAAGAUUUGUGAAGCUGUAUGCCUACGAGUACUACGAGUGCGAUACUUUAUUUGCAAUGCAUAAUCCAGCACCUGCGGCAGUUCCUGGACUACCCCCACCGGGGCGGCGUCUGGUUGGACUGCGCCAGCGGGGAGCUCACCAUCUGGAUCCAAAACCGGCACCCGCGGUCGCGCCGGGCCUUGGCGGUCGUAUCGCACUGGGUCAGCGAGUAUGCCCACGCCUUCUGGGAUUACGUCAAAUGUACUGUCUGUCUAUAGUUUUUAAACAUUUACAUUUUUCAGCCUAUCGGCCGGGGCUUUUCGUGCAUCUUCUGGAUGAUUUCAAUUUCUUCUGUUCUUGGCGCAGUAGUAAGUAGACCGUGCACUACGUCAAUCGAAUUUCUUCAAUGUUCAACCGUAAAAAUAUCGUUGACCACGUAUCGAACCGAGUUUGUUGAAAUCGUUGUGGAAUCAAAAUAAAUCCAGUCGUUCGGAUGCGUCGACCACUGGUGAUGAGCGUGAACGAGGUCUGGGAGCGGCUCGGCAUGCGGGGCGCGGACGCCUUGGUGCGGUGGGCGGAGUGUUUUCCGAAGCUGGAUUUGUCACCGGAUGUGUGGGACGAAGUAACGGAAAUGAGGGUAUACUACUUGUGCAUGGUGGAUUUAUUUGCGCAAUCUUCCUUUCUGCUCUUUUACUUUUUCCGCAUGUAUGUUGACCAUCCCGCUCUAGUGGUUGACCAUCCCGCUCUAGUCUCUUUUGUACAGCAAAAAAACUUCAUAUUGAACAAAUCCAACACAGGCUACGUCCAAGAGCAGUCCUUUCCCCUUCAGCGGGCGGGACAGCAAUAAUUAUCGUCCUCGUGAUGGUACUACUAGUACUAUCCACGAAGGAGCUGAUGGCGAGGAGACCGAUUUGUGUGCAUGGUUGCGGCAGGUCGGAGCAGAUGAAACAACCAAGGAUGUCUUCGACGACAUCAUCGUGAAGGACAUUGACGUGCACCACAAUAAAGCCAUGACAGGAGCCUCUGCUGCUGAUGCCAUUACCACGACGAGCGCGAUGAACAAAGCUCCCGCAGGCCAGCAGGAGGGGACCGGUCUUCACCCUGGUGGAGAAGACUUGUUGACCGAGCUACUGGGGCCGACCGGGGUGCAGUUACUCAGUUAUGCAACUAGUAGUUCCACAACCGGUACUAGUAACUGUGCGAGCGCUUCUUCUUCUUCUCUCGUGUCCAAGGAGCCGCAAGAUGAUCAUGCGGAACUACAGAUGGUGGGCGGAACGAUUGGAAUGAACACGGCCUAUUCAUCAUCGUCGUCGUGUUCUUCAGUUUAUAAUUCCAAAGCAACCUCCGACGAGAUGUUCUUAGGGAGCAUAAAGGGACGUGCCACGGGGGCGCCGGGGGAGCAUCUUCGGGUAUGAUUUUUUUAUUUUUGGUUGAAGCACGACCACGACCAGUUCUGCUUCUGCCUCUGACAUCAAUCUGAUUAUUUGUGGCAGGAGCUCUUAUUUCGAUUGUGUCUUCAGAAUCGAAGAAGGAAGUGUCUAAGUAGAAAUAUUAUCGCAGAAAGCACAUCCUCAUUUCACCUGGUCUGGCGCAUGAUAGAUAAAAUCCAGCAUCAAAAAAUUGUCUCGAAUAUCAAACUCAAUAAAAUUUUUCGAAAAUAGUCCAAGACUUCUACGACCGCGUUGAUGCAAGAAAUUCCUGCUUGUUCGGAAUGCGGGUCGGCGGCUGAUAGUGCGACGCCGUGUGAAGGAACCCCGACCACCGCAUCCACAUCGAAUUUCGCAAUGACGCCAGGCAGCGCAGGGAGCUCGAAUUUUCCGCUUUCAUUGGGCACGACUAGCUCCUAGGUAGUGGUCGUACCUAGACAUUUUUAUAAUCCGCUUUUUUUAACAAUUUUUGCAUUUACUUUGUGUCCGAUAAAUAUCUUUAUGGUAUCUUGAUCACCUCUUGUCACUUUCCAGUUUAACACUAAUCCGGCAAGAUCGACGAACACGUAGCACACCGUGCUACGAGGAGUUCGUACUUUUUUUCAACUUCUCAUAUUUAUUUCAUGUACUACUACUACUUCAGGAGAAUGCGCAAGCAUGAUCUUGCUUCGCGAUUUCAUCGUGAAGAGAGUCGGCAUAGUAAUCUAACCUCAAAGUAGAACUUGUUUCCUCCUGCUCCGUUUUAGGCGAAAACAGAAGCUUUUGAUUUUACUGUAUUCGAUGACUAGUACAGUGUCAGUGUCGCAUAGUUUCCAAGAAACCACUUCUCUGCUGCACGACCACCCGUACAGUAUAUCUAGUCAAGUUUGAUUUAUGGUCUAACUCUUCUGGAGAGGAGUCUUGUGCUUCUUGUCGUGGUUGCAUGAGGCCCUCGACAACCAAGAGACGGUUAGGCUCAACAUCGGAAGACAAAAAACAACAAAAUUUUUCCGCCGUUUAGAAAUGUAAAGUAAAAGUAAAAAUAACGACAGCGAGCAGGAUCGAAGUCGUUCUCUGACAUACUUCUGUUUUCUUGCUACCACCGACUGAGGUGGUCAAGUGGGACAACACGAAACACAAGGCCAAUUUUUUUUUUCUGAGGCCGGCACAAUAAAGUCUAGCUAUGAUUCUUGUCAAGAACAACACCAUGGCUCCUGUCAGACCACUGUCAUUUUGUCGCCCCACAAGAAUACUAUACGCUAUGGUGUUGCUCGUGAUCCACGCAUUGUUGUAAAUAGAUACACCGACGCACCUUUGUGAGGCUUCGUCUUUUCAUCCAAGAGCGCCACUUAGACGAAUAGAGCUCCUUCUCGAUUUCUUCCACGGUGGCGGGUCCUGGUCUUCUCCCCGUACAUUGAAAAUAAACUCGACGCGCAAAUACAACACUGGUAUGCAAACAGCCACGAGCAGCCGGAUGAACUUCUAUCCUUUCUGUAGGGGUGGGUGUAGUAGUUUUGUCUUUCCUCGUUUGCAAACAAAAGAACUCGAGAGCGCACCUUUUUAUUGUUUGCAAUUUUUUGAACAAACAACGAACUGAACAACUAGUUGAGGUUUCUCUUAUGGUCGUUGGAUGUAGUACGUAGCCUGUCGAAGGAGUGCGUUCUCUUUCAUAGCAAGAAAGAAGGUUGCUACAUCAACCUGUAAUUGUAGUGCCAUACCAAAAGCUGCACCUUUUCCACCAUACAGUAAGGUUCCUGUUGCAUUUUUCUUUUCCCGAACCGAAAGCUAAAGCUUCAUCCUGGGUGCAGCUUUGCUGUGCUCAGAAUUUGGCUUAGGUUCAUUCUGUGCUCCAAUCUCAUAUUCGACGACGCAGCUAAUUCGCCAAGCGAAAGAGGCUUCGUCGUCUUUGCAUCGCUUCUGCCACAUCACAUCACGCCCUCGAUUCGCAUAGAAAUACUCUACUCAUAGCUUUUUUCCCACAGCAUUUAAUAAGCGUGCGCAUUUCGCAACGAACUCCAUUUUUUCUGACCCACGAAAAAAAUUUCAUAAAAAAAAUUCAUAAAACAUCAAAACCAACGCCCGAAAAAAAAUCGGAACGUGAAAAGUUCCGAGCCUCGGAGUCCUCUCGCACUUUUUGGCACAUAUGAUGAAAUAAUCUGUGGAUCUGGGGCUGUUCUUUUGCGUUCACUUGUCCGUUGGGCGAAGGACACCAAAACAACAUGUUUAAACGUGUCCGCGCUGUCGUGUGGUUUACUAGCUCGGAGGCGGCGCGCCCGGAAGUGCCUCGCACGAAGCUAGGGGCGUCCGUUUGUGGGCAAAGCGGCUGGGCAGUGGGGCCGAGCAAAGCGCGGACGGCAGAGCCUGCCGCGCCGCGCCGCCUGUCUGCCCGGCUGGAAGACCCUCUCGCCGGCCGAGAAGCACCUGCGCAGGGUGCGACCCCCGCCAAGGACGACCUACGCCGACGCCAGGCCCCCGGCGGCGGCUUUGCGGCGGAAAGCGCGGCGGACCUGGGCGCGGGAAAGGGGGGCCGCAAUGUGCAAGCGCUUCCGUGCGCGACCAGGAGGAGCCGCGCCGUCGCCCCCUCAUUCGUGCUCUCCGUUGAUUGUUGCUUUUCAUGGGGGCCGGGGGGCGUGGCGCGGCAUCGUUUGCCUGGUACCCGAAAGGCCGCCGCGCUUGUGGCGAAUGGAAUCGCGGCCGGCCGCGCCGCCGAAGGGAAGGCGCCGCAGCGCCCGGCGUUGUGCCUGCUGCGGCAGGCUUGGGACUUUUCCGCGCGAGGAACGAAGCGCGCCACGGCAUGCCUCGGGGCGGGCCGGCCCGUUGCCACGCUGCUUGUCGCCGUGCGUGGGGGGGUGGUUUGUUUCUGCCACGGCGGGCCGCUGUCUUUUCUCGUGAUUGUCGUGCGCAUUCCGUCACAGGGCGGCGAGUUGUGCUCCGUCGAAGGGCGGUAGGCGGGAGCUUUCGCAGGUUGCGCCAGAUUACCGUGUAGCGGCAGGCUGCGGCGGCUUCUACGAGAAGCCUGCAGGGCUAGGGCGGGGGGCGCAAGGUGGUCGCGGGCGGCUUUGCUGUGGAAAAUGCCGCGUGGGCGGCGCGGCCGGCGGUUCGACGGGGUGCGCCGAUCCGCGGGCCAGGCUAUUUGCAUACUACGGACCCGGCCGCGGGGUGCCGGAAGUGCAACACGAAUCCGACCUAUGACAGCGAGUUCGUCCGUCACAGUCACACCAGAGGCGUUGGAGGAGGCGCGUGCCGGCGCCCCAGCUCCCUGACUGUGGCGCCUCAGCGUCGCGGAUUGUGGAAACGAAAGCCCAUCGAGGGGGUUGUUAUUUGUUCCCCUCGGGCGUGUGGCUCGUACUCGUUGCGGCACACGCCCGAAGCGCGAACGUUGCCGGCGCCCAUGGUCCUUGCUGUCAAUUUCAAGGCGCAGCAGUGAGACGCCGCGCCGCUGCCCCGCGCAUUCUUUGGGGCAUUUCCUUUGGGGGAUACGCUGUGGAACCGCUCCAAGCGAUGCCCACGGGCUUGCUCAAGUUUCGCACGCUGAAGGUGGGGAGAGAAGUCCGGGGCUGCUGCGUGAGGCACCACCCAACCAGCAAGCAAGACAGGGGCGCAGACCUGGGCCGCCUGUUGGGCGAGCUCCCGAGCAUAUUGGAGGGGGCGCCAUUCCGCCGCGCCCUUGGCCACGUUCGCCGCGCCAGUGUCCGCGUGGCGGCGCGCGCCCCCCAGGGGGCGGCCGUCGGCGGUCGGGCUCGUUUUCGUCAGCUCCGGGCGCCGUCACCAAGUAGCGAGGCCCGUGGGCUGCUCCAUGUUGUGCCGGCCCCCCCGCUUUACCUCCUAUCUUCCGCGGAACAUACAGGCCCGCACUGUCGGCCCAAGCGCGUUGUGGCGCCGCGGGCGCGUGGGUUUGCGCGCGCGGCCCAUCGGCCCUGCUAAAUUCUACUCGAAAACGCAUCGCAGGUCGUACUCGCGUUUUUUUGCCGCACGGCCCAACCAAAAGCAAAAACCCUGCCCCGUGCCGCAAGGAUAUAUGUUGCCGAAGAUUGUCCUUUUUGUUCCUUUUAGACAAGAAGAAAAAC